GUAAGGAACCCUCCACAUCAGCGAAAGAUAGGUAGGGCAAGAUAACGAGAAACAGUUUUAGGAAGGUAAGGCGAGUCUUUUAAAACAAGGUUGAUGAUUUUAUCAAUCAUUGUUAUAGUUUAAUAAAGGGUAAAAUAUUAUCCUGUAGUUUAUGGACGACCAGCUGUUUUGAAGAAUAUUUGAACUGCCUCAGGUAAAGUUGAAUUCAAAAUGUCCCUGCACGGGAAAAUUGUUGUAAUCAAAAGGAGUGGCGGAGAUGGGACUGAGUUUCCUCUGACUGCAUCAUGCUUAUUUGGAAGGAAACCUGACUGCGACAUUCGCAUUCAACUUCCUCAUGUCUCCAAGGAGCAUUGCAGGAUUGAGUUGAAUGAAAAUAAAGAGGUUAUUUUAACUAAUUUGAGUUCAACGAACCCGACCCGUGUCAAUGGGGAGGUUUUUCAGCAGUCUGAACGUUUGAAACAUGGAGAUCUAAUCACAAUUAUUGACCGUUCUUUCAGGUUUGAAUACCCUCCAGCACCCACUCCAAAGAAAAAUCGAUAUUCUACUGCUAGCAAAAGUGAAACUCCUCAGGUUUUACAUGAAACCCAAGCAAGGGAUACCAGCGCUAAAGAUGGAACCAAAACUGCUGAUGUCAAACCCAAGGAGGAUGGAAGUCUUGAACAGAACAAGCCAAGCUCCCCUUUCUGUGAGCUGUACCAAAUGUUCAAACAAGAUCUGGAUUCCAAGACUCCAAAGAAAGCACUUGGAACACCUGCUUCGAGGCUUUGCCCACAGAACCCUAUCUCAACCAGGAAAGUGGAUGGGGCGUCUGUCAUUUCCACACCCAAGAAGGCGGAGACUGAAAAUGUGUCACCUGUCACUGGAGUGACUCCAAAAUCAGCUCAGAAGAAGCGAAAGUCCCUCAAAGGUCGGGUUGUUGAGGGGAAUGUGCCAGUCGACGAUUUCAUCCAACUGCCUCCAUCUAUUCUUGAAACUCCCAAAGGUAAAAGGCGUUCUUCAAAGUCCAUAACACCCACCACUGUUGAAGAAAAAUCCGCCCCUGUUUCUCAGAGGAAAAGUCACCUGGCAACCCCCGAGAAGUUCACUGCUAGUGAAGUGGCUGAGCAGGUUUCUGAGUGUCCGACUGCAGAAAUCCUUACGACCCCCACUCGGAGGAGGAGCAGGGAAGCCACUCCUAUCAAAUCUUUGAUAACUGGGGUAGAACCACCUGCUGAUGCUUUCGUCUCAAACCAAGACCAGAUCGUACUAACUGAGAAUUCCACGGCAAGUACUCCUAAGAUCAAGCACUCCCGCUCUCCAAGGCCUGCUGGGGAAAAGCUUCAAGCCCAGGAUGUGCUUUGUGAGCUGGAGGUGACCACACCCAUCAAUGUUAAACAGUCGUCUGCUAAGAAACGGAAGAGUGGAGACCUUGAAACUGAAUUUCCAACACCUCUGUGCAAGAGGAAAAGGGUUUCAUUUGGAGGUCAUUUGGAGCCGGAACUGUUCGAUAAACGUCUUCCUCCUGACUCCCCACUAUGCAAAGGUGCCACUCCUGGACGGCGAAGCUUGUGUGCCCCCAAAAUAAAACAGUCACUCCUCAGGAGAGCGUCUGCAAUUGGUCUGAUAAAGGAGCAUGAACAAUCUGCCCCAGAGACUCUUAGCGUGAAAGGAAGUCCAGGAAAGAAGGCAUCUCCCAAGACUCCCUCGCCUGCCAAGAAGUCGCCGAAGGCAUCUGCCAAGACUCCCUCGCCUGUCAAGAAGUCGCCGAAGGCAUCUGCCAAGACUCCCUCGCCUGUCAAGAAGUCGCCGAAGGCAUCUGCCAAGACUCCCUCGCCUGCCAAGAAGUCGCCGAAGGCAUCUGCCAAGACUCCCUCGCCUGUCAAGAAGUCGCCGAAGGCAUCUGCCAAGACUCCCUCGCCUGUCAAGAAGUCGCCGAGGGCGUCUGCCAAGACUCCCUCGUCUGCUAAGAAGUCACCAAAAGCUAAAACGCCAUCUCCAGGUAAAGAGAAGACCCUGAAAACCGCUGUCAAGACUCCAUCUCCUGCUCGAAGAAAGUCUACAUUAAAAGAUGAAUCUCAAACACCCAAGGCUGGGAAAACUCCUAAGACCCCUGCCAGUUUGCCAUCAGCCAACACGACACCCACCAUGCAAGGCCGGUUCUCAGUGUCCCUCGUCAGCACCCCAUCACCCACCGCAGACCAGGACUCUGUCCUACAGCCGUCUGUCACUGUAACGCCUCGUGUUCCCUUGAGGCGAACGACAAUGUCGUCUACCUCGAAGACGACACAGAAAAGCGCAAUGAAAAAUUCCCUUCAAGUCAUCCGUAGAAGAAGUGGUGUUUCUCGGGCAUCUAUGAAAGUUGUGAAUUCCUGGGCUGACAUUGUGAAGUUUGGCCAGACCAAGACCCAAGCUGUUAUCCCAACCAAGAAAACCACCCGAGUGACUAAGACGAAGACUGUUGUACCAAAACCGAAGACACCUGUGAGGAAACUCAUAGGACAUGUCAGCACUGGUCAUGCCGAUUCACCUGUGACCAUUGUUGUGGGCAAAGCUCACAGGCUGAAAGCCAUUCAGCCAAGUGGGGCUGCCCCAAAGCUUGUCCACAACAUUGCUGUGCUAAAAAAGAACAUGAAAAUGGAUGAGGAUUUGUCAGGCAUUGCAGACAUUUUCAAGACCCCCGCUAGGCAGAGGAAGUCUGUGGUCAAUGUGCAGAGUGCCCUCAAGACCCCCCUGAGAGCCCAGUCUACAUCUAUGAUUGAAUCAUCAGUGAUGAAUACCCCAGAGGAGACUGGUGAAAUGGUGGUGUCUCCACUUGUUGUUUCUACUGCUAAACGGGGCGCGUACAACAGCGAUGCAGUCACUAGACUCCUUCGGGAUGGUCAAGAAUCCAGUUUCAUCACGGAGGAAGCUGAUGACUCCCGUACUACACAAAAUGAGAUUCUUGCCUUAGAGAUGUCUUCAGAGGAAUCGAAGGAAGAACAGCGGUCAGAAUCAAAAAAAUCUAUUUUGACUCCCAAGCAGAAGAAACCCGAACAACCCGAGUGUCUCACUGGAGUGAAGAGGAUCAUGAAGACCCCAAGACAGAAGGUGCAACCCAUUGAAGACCUCAGAGGAAAACUGAUGACAACUCCAAGAGGGCCUAAAGCUUCUCAGGAAGUAAGCCUAGUUGGUGUAAAGGAACUCCUGACCACCCCCAAACAAAUCGCUGAACCUGUUGAAGAGAUGUCUGGUAAAGUCCAAGAUGACUACAUCCACAGCGAGACAAAAGAGAUUCACGGCAACGCCAUUUCUCCUAAAUGCCUCUCAGGUAACGUUGAAUUCAAAAUGCCCCUGUUCGGGAAAAUAGUUGUAAUCAAAAGGAGUGGUGGAGAUGGGACUGUGUUUCCUCUGACUGCAUCAUGCUUAUUUGGAAGGAAACCUGACUGCGACAUUUGCGUUAAACUUCCCGAAGUAUCCAAGGAGCAUUGCAGGAUUGAGUUGAAUGAAAAUAACGAGGUUAUUUUAACUAAUUUGAGUUCAACGAACCCGACCCGUGUCAAUGGAGAGGUUUUGCAGCAGUCUGAACAUUUAAAACAUGGGGAUCUAAUCACAAUUAUUGACCGUUCUUUCAGGUUUGAAUACCCUCAAGCACCCACUCCAAAGAGAACUAGAUCUUCUAAACAGAACACUCCAAGAGGGCCUAAGGCUCUUCAGAAAGUAAGCUUAGGUGUUGUGAAGACCCCCAAGCAUGUCACUCAACCUGUUGAAGAAAUUUCUGGUGACGCCCAAGAGAUUCCUGAUGCCAUGACAACCGAGGCAGUGGAAGAGCUUGCUGCUGCUCUUGCUGAGGCAGUGGAGGAAGAACAACCUGCUCCUCUUGCUGAGGCAGUGCAGGAGGUAGAAGAGCCAGUUUCUGCACCUGCUGAGGCAGUGGAGGAGAAACAACCUGCUCCUCUUGCUGAGGCAGUGCAGGAGGUAGAAGAGCCAGUUUCUGCACCUGCUGAGGCAGUGGAGGAAAAACAACCUGCUCCUCUUACUGAGGCAGUGCAGGAGGUAGAGACUGUUUCUGCACCUGCUGAGGCAGUGAAGGAAGAGCAACCUGCUCUUCUUGCUGAGGCAGUGCAGGAGGUAGAAGAGCCAGUUUCUGCACCUGCUGAGGCAGUGAAGGAAGAGCAAUCUGCUCUUCUUGCUGAGGCAGUGCAGGAGGUAGAAGAGCCAGUUUCUGCACCUGCUGAGGCAGUGGAGGAAAAACAACCUGCUCCUCUUACUGAGGCAGUGCAGGAGGUAGAGACCGUUUCUGCACCUGCUGAGGCAGUGCAGGAGGUAGAAGAGCCAGCUUUUGCACCUGCUGAGGCAGUGGAGGAAGAACAACCUGCUCCUCUUGCUGAGCCUAUUGCUGCACCUGCUGAGGCAGUGGAGGAUGAACAACCUGCUCCUCUUGCUGAGCCCAUUGCUGCACCUGCUGAGGCAGUGGAGAUGGCACAUCUUGACAGUGAAGAGCCUUCUGUUCCAGUAAAAGGUAGAGUAAAGAAAACUGAGGGGAUUGUGCUACCACCUGCUAGAGGGAGAUCGGCAAGGCGUAAUGAGACCAGUAGCGUUGAGGCACCAGCAGAAACUAUGGACUCUGUGGCUGUCCAGGAGAAAAUGGCAGUUGACCCAGUUCCUGCUGAAAAGCUCAAGAGAGGAAGAAAGGCCAAACAGGCUUCUGUAGAGAGAGUUGAAUCAGUGCAGGAGAACGCUGUUGAAAGUGAGAGUGCUGAAAUUCCUCCAAUUGAGGACCAGCAGCCAACUUCUGAUGUCCCCGUGGAGAAACCCAGAAGAGGAAGAAAGGCCAAACGGGCUUCUGUAGAACAAGUUGAAACCGUGUUGGAGAACACUGAAGCUGUGAGUGUUCCUGUCACUGAGACGUUUGAGGCCCAGACUCCAGUCGUUAGGUCUGAGAGAGGAAGAAAGCCUAAACAGGAUUCAGUAGAAGAAGUUGAAGCGGGGGUUCUUGAAAUUCCUCCAAUUAAGAUUGUGGAAGCCAAGGAGAUGCCUGCUAGUGUUCCUGUUGAGAAACCACAGGCAAGAGGAAAACGGGGUAAACAGGAAUCUGAAGAAGCCAAAACAAUGGAAGAAAAUGUUGUGGCGGUUGAUAUUCCUACAGAAGAGGUGGAGGCCUCAGUCCUGUUUGCAAAACCCAUAAGAGGAAGAAAGACUAAGCAGGAGCCUGUAGAUCAAGUGGAGUCUGUGAGUGUUGAAACUCCCAUUGAAGAAGUUGAGGCCCAGGAGCAGACCACUGUGGCUCCAGUUGAGAAACCCAAAAGAGGGGGAAGAAAGACUAAGCAGGCUUCUGUAGAGCAAGUUGAGGAUCACCCUGUUGAGUCUCUGACUGUUGAACUCCAGGAGCAGACUACUGUGGCCCCAGUUGAGAAACCCAAAAGAGGGGGAAGGAAGACUAAGCAGGCUUCUGUAGAGCAAGUUGAGGAUCACCCCGUUGAGUCUCUGACUGUUGAACUCCAGGAGCAGGCCACUGUGGCUCCAGUUGAGAAACCCAAAAGAGGGGGAAGAAAGACUAAGCAGGCUUCUGUAGAGAAAGUUGAGUCUGAGGAUCACCCUGUUGAGUCUCUGACUGUUGAAGCCAAGGAGCAGACCACUGUGGCUCCAGUUGAGAAACCCAAAAGAGGGGGAAGAAAGACUAAGCAGGCUUCUGUAGAGAAAGUUGAGCCUGUUGAGGAUCACCCUGUUGAGUCUCUGACUGUUGAAGCCCAGGAGCAGACCACUGUGGCUCCAGUUGAGAAACCCAAAAGAGGGGGAAGAAAGACUAAGCAGGCUUCUGUAGAGCAAGUUGAGCCUGUUGAGGAUCACCCUGUUGAGUCUCUGACUGUUGAAGCCCAGGAGCAGACUACAGUGGCCCCAGUUGAGAAACCCAAAAGAGGGGGAAGGAAGACUAAGCAGGCUUCUGUAGAGCAAGUUGAGCCUGUUGAGGAUCACCCUGUUGAGUCUCUGACUGUUGAAGCCCAGGAGCAGACUACAGUGGCCCCAGUUGAGAAACCCAAAAGAGGGGGAAGGAAGACUAAGCAGGCUUCUGUAGAGCAAGUUGAGCCUGUUGAGGAUCACCCCAUUGAGUCUCUGACUGUUGAGCUCCAGGAGCAGACUACCUUGGCUUCGGUUGAGAAACCUAAAAGAGUGGGAAGAAGGACUAAACAGGACCCUGGGUGUGUCGUCCCGCCAGUAUCCACAGAGACUCCGGAGGAAACAUCUGCUCCCCCUACAGAGAACCCUAAAAGAGGAGGAAGAAGAGCAAAGCAGCAGAAGGUUCCUGAAGUGGUGGAAGUUGAGAACAUGGUAGUGCAGGAGGUCCACCUUCCUGCACAAACUGAGGUUGAUGCUAGACCAGAGCGUGAAGAGGCUGUUGCUGAUGCUGAAGAACUGCUGGAAGCUCCGGUUGUCAAACCGGGAUGGAGAAGGAAGGCAAAAGCCGUUGUGAAGGAUGAAGUGCCUGCCAAGCGAGCACGCAGAGGAGCAGCUGAUUCCACAAAGGUGCCCACUGUUGCAGAAGCAACUGUGGAAGUUCCAACUGAGCCUGUCAAGCGAGGUAGAAGGUCAGCUAAAUCCAAAGUCUCUGCAGAUGAAACCACCAUUGCAGCCGAGAGCACUCCGUUGGAGGCUGAGGUAACAGACACGGGGGUUAUGACUGCUGUGGUUAGAAGAGGAAAAGCCCCUAAAAGGGGAAAUGCUGUUUCUGAAACUACCUCUGACCAGGCAAAUUCUAUUGAAGGCAUGGAAACCAUUGACGAAGACUCAAAAAAGACCUCAAAAUCUGUGAAUUGGAAACCUGAUUUGGAAGUUACACACAAGGUCACCCCUCUUCCUAAACAGAAGACAUCCAGACGGAAUGAUACUGUUCCUGUUACUAAGGUUGAAGAACAGCCUGAACGGAGUGAAGAACAGCAGGUUGUGAAGACAAUGCGAGGAAGAAGAGCAAGAUCUUACGUCACGGUCAAAGAGGAGACCGUACAAUCAACACCCUCAAAAAGGGCACGCCAUUGCACCAUAAAGACCUCUGCUGCUGAAGCCACGGUCCCCAUUUCAAAGCCAGUAAACGAAAGAAAUGCAGCAAGAUCUAUGACAACUGAAGAGGCAGAUCUCUCUGAUAAAGCUGUUCCAAAGGAGCCUGUCAAGAAAACGAGACGAGCAGCAAAGUCUACUGCAGCAGCUCCCGUUGAGGCCACGAGCACUACUCCUGCUGUCCCGGAGGGGGAGACCAUCCCCGAUGCCACAGUUGUGGCUGCUACAAAAGGAAGAGGUAAAGCGACAAAAGGAAAAACAGUAUCUCAGGACAUUGAGCAAGGUACUGAGUCGGAGCAGCCGUGUAAGCCCCGCAGAGGGAGAGCAGCAAGAAAAUAGAGCUUAGGCAGUCAUAGAUUUGUUUGUUUUUAAUCCUUUGUUAUAGAAAUGCUAAUGCUCAACUUAUUAUUUUUUGUACUUGCCUGGAGUUACAGAUGUAUAAUUGAAGGCCAGUGCUUUACAAUAUUAUUCUGAUUUUUGGUCUUAAUUGUGGUUAGUUUUGCUACAUUCUCUGAAUAUUUUUUUACAUUUUUAAAGAAUUUGUAUUUAGACUGAAAAUAGUUUGGGUGAAAUUAUUCAUAUUAAAAAUAAAAAAAUUAAGUUGUCA